GUCAACAAACUCAUUAACUACACCAUUAAGCCUACGAGAGGAACUUGCACACGCCGGAUCACAUCGCGCAAUGUCUCAAGAAGGCUCCUCGACGGUAGCCGUUGUUGACGCUUCCGAAGACCAAAGACCCGGGCGUUCCCGUUCGGCCCUUGAAAUAGCACAGAGCGCUGCGCAGUCCGAAGGCCAUGGUAUAGCACUGAGUGAGGGCAAGGAAAAGGCGCGGCGAGGGCAAGAGCGAGGGCAAGAACGAAGGCGAGGGCGAGAGCAGAGGCAAAGGCAAGGGCAAGGAUGGGGCAAGGGUGGUGGAGACAACGAGGAAAGCAGCGCCCAAGAACGGACGGUCUGAAGCUUGACGAGGCCAGUGACGAGACAUGGGCAACCGAGACGGCGGAACUUUUGGUAUGUAACAGGAGGUUGGCAGGACCACUUCGAGAUGUUUAUCGCCUCAGCAGAGCUGUGGCUCUCUUGCUGUGACCCGGGAGUGGUGUCUCGAGAAGUUGUCGUCAACAUACUGGAGAGGAUGGUCAGGGCGGCAGACAUCUUAUCUGUUGAGUCUUCUGCGCCAGUUAAUACCGCGGCACAUAUCUCGCAGGCCGGUAACGGUAUCGGGGUCCGAGCUGACUACCGGGAGUGGAUCGAGCAACUGUAUUGGAAGAAAAUGACGCUAACGGAGCGGUAUGGCACACUCUACAGGCAACUCCUGCAUACACUUGAGAAGGCGUACAAGCUGGACAAGCUUCGCGGCGACCAGAAUUCGAUCUGGCAUCAUCUACAUGUUGCGCUCAAGACGUCGUACAACGAGUACGGGUCCACGUGCGAGGUCGACGGCUGCCACUGGAUUGGGCACAUCAAGAACCGGCAGGACGAAGGCGGCGAUUAUGUUGAGUGCAAUCUGCUCUCGAAGCGCAUCAGACCCGCCUCCGCCGUGGACGCUCACGGCAAGGAACAGUUGGCCGAACCGCUGCUGUCGUCAUUGUUUGGACCGCAGCCAUCAUCGCCGUCCGGAUUGGUCACUUCAUCCGACCCGCCACAGGGGCUUGCUCACGCCGAACUGCACGGCACAAUGUCGCAUGAAAGCUCCCUAACGUCAGCCGUUAACGUACCCGAAUAUCAGAGUUCGCGCCCUUUGUGGUCGACCGCCAAGCACAAGGCGCGGCGUCAUGCACUGGGAAGGGUCGUGGUAGCGAGGUCAAUGGAUGAGCUGACGAGACUAGAGGCAGCACGGGUAGAGCAGGGACGGCGGAGGUCCUGGGGUUAAUGGUACGGGCUUACUGAGCUGAAUACAUAUAUUCCAUCGGCGCAUAUAGUACAGUAAUGAAUUAUAUUGGUGGACUUGU